AUGUCAUUUCGCCGAAAGACUUUCGGCAGUUUAUCUGAAAGUUUUCAGCAACAACAGCAAUCUCAAAUGUAUACUCCUGAUCUGAAUAAUGACUUAGUGACACAAAAUGAUGCAUUGCAAAGUAUCUUACCAAAAUUUAUGGAAGUCGUUCGAAAAUUAUUGCCACAAGAACUUCCAUUUGAUAUGUAUGUGCCUAAUGUCAAAUACUUAGAAGGUGGAUGUAAAAGUUUAAUCGGAAAUUUAUAUUUAUCUAACUUUCGACUUGUAUUCGUGCCAGAUAAUUCCACUGACGACAAUCUUUUAAUAUGUUCCGGAAACAGAUAUAUUGGUGAAUAUGACAUUCCAUUAGCAUCAAUUUAUAAAAUAAAUGUUGCACCGGUUAAUGCUCGGACUGGAUUUAAAUCAUUUUUAAAUGAAAACCAGAUACAAUCAGAAACACGAACAUUCACAAUUAUUACUCGGGAUUUUCGUAGUAUCACAUUUACAAAAUGUUCAGUUACAAAAGCCUAUACAAUCGACAGUAAAAAUCAACAAGUAUCUCUAACAAAAAUGGAAAAAUAUAUUGAAGCAUUAAAAGCUUAUAGUCGUGCUCAACAAAGAGAACAAUUAUAUCUCUAUGCUGCAAUAGAACAAUAUCCAGCAAAACAGUUCGUGUCAAAAGAUAAUCGUAGUUACACAUCUUCGAAACUGGCAAAUAGAAACUUUUCACAAAAUGAAAUCUCGGAUCUUUAUCUGGGUAAAGAUGAGCAUAUAAGGAGUUAUAUGACUUAUGAUGAUUGGCGUGACGAAUUAUACGAAGCAAAUGAACAACAAUGGAUUGUUGAUCGAAAUAAAUUUGAUAAACAAGCGACUAUACAAGCCGAAGGCCCUUAUGUUCGUUUAAUAUAUAGUAAUAAUUAUGAUAGCUCUGGAAAUUUGAUUUGGCAUUGGACCCAUACAUCUCAAGUUGGCAGCAAUGGCUAUUAUAAAAGGCAAAUGCCAGCACAAAAAUAUAUGUUUAUAACUGCUCCUGGAAUUGGUGAAGUUACAAGUAGUGUUGAGCCUAGGAAUUCAACAAUUAGCUUACCUGCCACUGUAUCAUCAUCAUCAUCAUCAUUAUCAUCAUCGUUUCGUUUUAAUAAGAUUAAAAAAAAUUUACUCAAACCUUUACGACGAAAUACGCCCGAUACACCAAAAUUGAUAUCUACAAACGAAAGUAAAACAACACUUAGUGACUUAACAGAUAUGUCACAAAUGCCGCCCGAUAGUGGGUUGCGUCGUGUUACAACGGAUACAAAUUUAAUUGGAUCCUCGGAUAUAAUAUGCGAUCAGCCAUUUCAACGUUAUAAUCUAUCGAAAUUUCCAUGUAAUUUAAAACGUUUACAAUCCAGUUAUGAAAAAUUAAUUGAAAUAUGCAUCACAACAUCAGAGGAUGAUGAUGACAAAUGGUUGGCCAAAUUACAUACAUGUAAAUGGCUUAAAUAUGUAUCAAAAGCUUUACAUGGUGCUGCAACAUUAGCUAAAUUGCUUGAUUUUAAAAAUAUUAAAUUAGUGGGAAGUGAUACAGAUAACAGUUGUUUAAUGUCAUCACUAGUACAAAUAUUACUUCGACCGAAAUGUCGUACAAUCAAAGGUUUUUGCGAAUUGAUUGUUCGUGAAUGGGUGAUUCGUGGUCAUAAAUUUCUUGAACGUUUCGGACAAGUAGCCAUUGAUGGAUAUGGAAAUCCUGGUCAAGAAUCACCCGUUUUCCUUCUUUUUCUCGAUUGCGUUCAUCAACUGAUUGUUCAAAAUCCAUUUUUAUUUGAAUUUACCGAUUAUCUUCUUCUUGAAUUUUACCGUAAUGCUUGUUAUUGCUAUCAACAUACAUUUGUUUUUAAUGAUGUUCUCGAACGUCUUCAAGUGAUAAAUAAUUAUCCAAAACAUCUUUUUGUUUUAUCCUCAUUUGAUUUUUCACUUUAUCUUGAUCCUGAAACAUGUUUUUUAUUAAAAAAUGAUGCAUCAAUAUUUCAAACGCAACCACCUGCAUCUUCUUCUACUCAAAAACAUACACAAGCUCGAAUCGAAGCCACAGUUAUUUAUCCAUCAUCACAAUCGCCUCGACAUCCUAAUCGAAGUGUGUACUAUGUAGAAACAUCAACAUCAAGAAAUCACUCAAUUGAUAUUCCCAUAACCAAUGGAUCACUGAUGUUAAACGCUGACAUAUAUGAUUAUGAUACAAUUGAAUCACCUCAAGUAUUUCCAUCUGAUUUUCAUGUUGAUUGGCGUACAUUUAAUUUAGUUUUAUGGUCGAAAUGUUAUUGUCGUUAUGAUCAAACUUAUCUGCCUACAGUAGUUGAACAACAAUUAUCAUUUGAAAUAAAUUGUUUAAAAGAAGAUCUUGAAAAUAUGCGCACAAAAUCAGCACAGAUAACAUUAGAUACAUUUGAAAAUGUUGGUCAUGCAAAUUCAUGGCAUCCACAAACAUUAGUUACACGUGUAUAA